AUUCCAAAGGAAUUAGGUAAGCUGACGUUUUUGUUUGAGCUCUACCUAGACAAUAAUAGAUUUUCUGGACAAGUUCCUUACAAUUUUGGGAUGCUAUCAAAUCUAGAGAAACUUAAUCUCGCUAAAAAUAGUCUAAGUGGCCUUAUUCCUGACCUAGGGAAUUGUAAAAAACUUUUUGUCUUGAAUUUGAGCAACAAUCACUUAAGCAAAAAUAUCCCACUUGAAAUUGGCAAUUUGCAAUAUCUCCAAAAUCUUGAUCUUAGCAAAAAUUUUCUAAUAGGAGAGAUACCACAACAACUUGGAGAUUUGAAAAUGUUAGAAAUCUUGAAUCUUUCCCAUAAUGCACUCUCUAGCAAUAUUCCAUCCAAUUUUGAUCAAUUGUUAGGCUUGACCUCCAUUGAUUUGUCGUACAAUCAAUUGGAGGGUCCUAUUCCAAAUUUCAAUGCAUUUCGUGAUGCACCUAUAAAAGUAUUUAGAAAUAAUAAGGGCUUGUGUGGCAAUGCCACAGGAUUGAAAGCUUGCCUUUCUACAAUUAGCCACAAUCCUCUUGUUAAAAAGUGGAAUAAAGUUAUGACACUGAUUUUUGUCCUUUUGGGCAUUGUCUUACUUAUAUUUAUCAUUGUUGGAAUCACAUUAUAUAUUCGCUCAAGAGAGACAAAGACAGAAAUUAAACCAAAAGAAGCAAAACAUCAAAAUAUGUUUGUAGUAUGGAGCUAUGAUGGGAAAAUGGUUUAUGAAAACAUUAUUGAAGCAACGGAGAAUUUUGACGAAAAACAUUGUAUUGGAGUAGGCGGGUAUGGAAUUGUUUAUAAAGCUAAACUACCAACAGGUGAAGUUUUUGCUGUGAAGAAACUUCAUGCACUCUCUGAAGACAAUGUGAUCAAUCUAAAAGCUUUCACCAAUGAGAUACGUAGUCUAACUGAAAUACGACAUUGCAACAUUGUGAAACUUCAUGGUUUUUGCUCACAUCCACGACACUUGCUUUUAGUUUAUGAGUUCUUGGAUGGUGGGAGCUUGGAAAAGAUACUAAACAGUGAUGAAUUAGCACCAAACUUUAAUUGGGUUAAAAGGGUAAAUGUUGUCAAAGGUGUGGCAAGUGCUCUGUCUUAUAUGCAUAAUGACUGCUCACAUCCAAUAAUUCAUCGUGACAUAUCAAGCAAGAAUGUUCUAUUAGAUUCGGAGUAUGAAGCUCAUGUCUGUGACUUUGGCAUAGCUAGGAUUAUGAGUUCUGACACAUCUUAUUGGACUUCAUUCGUUGGCACCUUUGGAUACAUUGCUCCAGAACAUGCUUACACAAUGGAAGUAAGUGAAAAGUGUGACGUUUAUAGCUUUGGAGUAGUCACAUUAGAAGUAAUUAUGGGAAGGCAUCCGAGUGAUUUGAUCUCAUCAUUUCUAUCAACCUCAUUUGCAUCAUUGGCCUAUGAUGUGCUGUUAAAAGAUGUAUUGGAUCAAUGGCUUGCGCUGCCUACUGGGCAAGUUGCGGACAAGGUGGUUUUAGUGGCAAAAAUAGCAUUGGCAUGCUUGCACACCAGUCCACAUUCUCAUCCAACCAUGCAACAAAUUUAUCAAAAGCUAUCAACUUGGAAAUCCCCGUUCACAAAGCCUUUGCGCAUGAUCACAUUAAGGGAGCUCAUUGAUCUCGAAAAUUUGAAGUAA